GAAUGUUUUCUAGAGAGUGAGGGCUGAGAGAGGAGCGGCGGAGCGGAGUGUACACUCCAGCGCGGGUCAGUGAUACAGGACUUGACCUUUAACCUUUAGAAGAUUAUACAGCAUGUCGGGUUUGGGGUCGCGCGCCGCGAGUAUGCGCAGUUUAUAAAGGAGCAGCAUGAGAGCGCGCGAGAGAAAGGAACACACAUACACACACGCGCGCGCGCAGGGAAUAAGGCGCAGAGCACUCUGAUCUCACACACACACACACACACACACACACACAGACAGACAGAGAACUACAGGAGAGGAUGAAGAUGAUGAUGAAGAUUGUGUGUGAAUUUUCUGCUAAACUUUCCUGAGGUGAUUCUGUGGGCGCGCGCGGCGUGGAGGGUGUGUGAGGUGUGUGUGUGUGUGGUGAGGAGAGCCAGCCCUGUGGAUAUCAUGGCCAGUAAGAGUGUGCAAAACACACAGGUGAAGAUCAGAACCGAUCCAGCUCCUAAACCCGGCUCAGGACGGUCCCGGAAACGCAAGGCAGAUGUUGCUAUACACUUACACGACCUGGACGAGGAUGUCUCCGACGUACAGAUGAGAAAGAAGCAGUGUCCGUCUCAGGAGACGUGCCGGGAUCUCUCGUCCUCCUCACCGCAGCAGGCGGAUAAACCGGUUGGAAUCGCCAGCAUGGGAUUCACACACUACACCAGCAGGACUGUGUUCCUCACCCCGACGCGGCCCUCGCCCCUGCCUGCACUGUGCUGGGCGAGUAAAGACGACGUGUGGAACAACCUGCUGAGGAAAGAUAAACUCUACCUCCACAACGUGCGCGUGAUGGAGAGACACCCCAACCUGCAGCCCAAGAUGAGGGCCAUUCUGCUGGACUGGUUAAUCGAGGUGUGUGAGGUGUAUAAACUCCACCGAGAGACGUUUUAUUUAGCUCAGGAUUAUUUCGAUCGCUUCAUGGCCACACAGAAGAACGUUCAGAAGACCACGCUGCAGCUCAUCGGGAUCUCCGCUCUCUUCAUCGCCUCCAAGAUGGAGGAGAUUUAUCCUCCUAAAGUGCACCAGUUUGCGUAUGUGACGGACGGAGCGUGUACGGAGGAGGAGAUCCUCAGCAUGGAGGUCAUCAUCAUGAAGGAGCUGAACUGGAGUCUGAGUCCGCUAACUCCAGUGUCGUGGUUGAACAUCUACAUGCAGAUGGCUUAUCUGAAGGAGGUGACAGAAGUUCUCGCGCCCCAGUUCCCUCAGAACACCUUCGCACAGAUUGCUGAGCUGUUGGAUUUGUGUGUGUUGGACGUGAGGAGUUUGGAGUUCUCCUCCAGUCUGCUGGCAGCGUCGGCUCUGUUUCACUUCUCAUCUCUGGAACUCAUCAUGAAGGUUUCUGGACUGAAGUGGUGUGAGAUUGAGCGGUGUGUGAAGUGGAUGGUGCCGUUUGCGAUGGCGAUACGGGAGGUCGGAAGCUCCUCCUUAAAAACAUUUAAAGGGAUUCCGGCAGAGAACACGCACAACAUCCAGAGCCACGCCCCCUACCUGGACUGGCUGGGAAGGGUCCACAUUCAUCGGCUGGAGGAUUUGGAACAUGGCCAGACCACGCCCGUCCCGACCGGGGUGUUGACUCCGCCCCCUAGCAGUGAGAAGCCCGAGGACGCUUCUUCAUGAUCGCGGUGUGGAUUGGAGUGCGACCCAUGCUGUUCUCAGAUCAGCGUCUACAUCAGAUGAUUGUUCUGAUCUCUGCAGACGCAAAGCGGCUUUUAGUCUUUAUUUUAAACUUUGUGUGGAUUCAUCGAGUCCCCGCCCAUAAACACCCCCUCCCCCCACGUGCCAAACCCUCGGAGCCUCAGGGCCCUGAAUGCUGCUAUAACAGUUGACACACAGACACACACACACACACACACACACACACACACACACACAGAGAGAGGAUUAGAUUUUAUAUAUUAUACACUAUGUGUGUUUGAUGAAUUAUUAUAAAUUUUUUAUAAAUAAAGGAAGCUCUGAGUUACCAUGGAAACAGCUUUGAAGGCUGGAGAACUAAGAUUUUAUUUUGUAUUUUUAUUCUCUCCUUGUGUCUCAAGCUGAAGAUUUUUACCAAAAUGAUGUUUUUUAAAUGUCAUGCUGCUACUGUUGUGUAUUUUAUAAAUCUAAAUAAAGCUCUAAAUGCAAACA